AUGUCGUCCGAGAUGGCCUUCCUGAACCAGAUGGGUGGCCAGGUAGUGCUCUCCAGCGGCGGCGCGCUCGGGCCCGACAUCAUGGCGCACGGCAUCUUCUCGGCCGACCCGGAGGCCGAGCACGAUGGCCAGCCAGCGCCCAUACAGGCGCUGCCGUCGGUGGAGUCACUGCUGGCAGACACGCCCGGCCUGGGGCAGGAGCAGAGCCCGCCGCCGCCGGCGCGCGCCCGGCGCCGCGUGCCGCGACUCUUCCCCUUCGAGCCGGACCCGGAGCCGCCUGGACCGGCCCCUUGGCGCUGUCAGAAGUGCGGAAAAACGCUCAAUAUCUGGAAACGCUACCUCAACCACAUCAAGUCCCACGACUAUGAGAAACCAUUCAAGUGUGAUAAAUGUCCAGAGGCUUUCAACUUCCAGAAGAACUGGGAGCUGCACGCCGUGAGCCACGCGGCCGACCCAACGCCCUGCCCGGACUGCGGCCGGGCCUUCCGGCGCGUGGCCUCGCUGCGCGCCCACCUGGCCCUGCACGAGGUGGACGAGGCGAUUGUCUGCCCGCAGUGCCAGCACGAGUUCCCCACUCAGGUACUGCUGGACAAACACCUGCCAGUGCACACGGCGCCGGCCGCCGUGAACCUGGAGCUGGUCCCCGGCACCGUCGCCGACGCCGACGCCGACGCCGAGCUCGGCGCCGACCCGGCCGGCGGCGACAACGUGCUGAAGCCGUCCAACAUCAAGCGCACGUGCACACAGUGCAAGCUGGUGUUCGCCACGAACAGGGAGCUGCUGGACCACCACAAGGAGCAUCAGACGAUCCGGUCCAUACUGAAGCUGCAGCAGCAGCGGCGACGGACUAAGCCGAGCUCGCGGCCCAGCACGCGCUGCCAGAUCUGCCAGAAGUCGUUCGCCAAGCCGGGCCUGCUGCGCCGCCACCAGCUGAUCCACACCGGCGAGAAGCCGUUCAAGUGCGAAAUCUGCGACCGCGCCUUCAACCAGAAGAGUGCGCUCAAGAUCCACCGCGAGUCGAAGCACGGCAAGAUCCGGCCCUACCAGUGCACCAUCUGCAAGAUGUUCUUCGCGCAGCGCGGCAACCUGCGCAACCACGUGCGCCGCGUACACAACCUGAGCGAGGCGCGCGAGCGGAUCUUCAAGUGCGAGCACUGCGGCUGCGGCUUCGCCACCAGCGGCGUGCUCGGCAGUCACAUCAGCAAGAUGCACGAUCCGCCGAGCAACACCGGGAUGAGCGCCGACGCGCUGCGCGACCUGGUCCGCCAGCUGCUCGACUACUCGGCCGGCAACGCUGCGGCGCGCGACCGCAUCCAGGCGCAGAUCCAGGAGAUCGCGCGCUCCGGCGUCGUGCCCGACUGCGUGCUGCCGGCGGUGCCGCCGCCGCGCGCCGGAGAGCCCACACGCGACAAGCGACCGGCAAUCAUCACCGUCGUGGACAAGAUGGUGCAGGGCCGCGAGCGCAAGCAUCUGGUGCGUGUGCGCUACGAGGGCCGGCUGCGCUGGUUCCAGUGUCUGUUCUGCGCCAAGGAGUUCCGCAAGCCGUACGACUUGGUGCGCCACCUGCGCAUCCACACCAAGGACAAGCCGUUCCGGUGUCCGCAGUGCUUCCGCCAGUUCACUGUCCGCUCCGGUCUGGAGUCGCACCUGCGUGCCCACCGCGGAAUCAAGCUGGCCAGCUGCCCCAUCUGCCACAAAAAGUUCUCCACCGCCGGCGUGCUCAAGGUCCACCUGAGGCUGCACACGGGCGCCAAGCCGUACCACUGCCAGUACUGUGAGAAGCAGUGCCGCACGCUGGGCCAGAUUCAGGCGCACGAGGCGGCCCACCGGCGGACCCGCACCGACGCUACACGUGACGACGGUGACGACGCUGACGAGAGGAAGAGGGCGUCGCCGGACAGUGGGCCGGAGGUGCGACUACAGCCGCCCAUCCUCAUCACCAGCAGCGGUAUGGUGCAGGUGGACCGUCCGCGACGUAUUGAGAUCCCCGAGGGCGACGAGGCGCCGGACCGGCCGCACCGCUGCACCCAGUGUCGCGCCGCCUUCAAGAAGGUCUCCCACCUGAAGCAGCACAUGCGCUGGCACACGGGCGAGAAACCGCACCACUGCCCCAUGUGCAACAAGAGCUUCAUGACGUCCAGCGUGCUGGCCACACAUUUGCGGACGCAUACUGGCGCGCGCCUCUUCAAGUGCCCCAUCUGCUCGCACGCCUUCACCACCAAGAGCAGCAUGACCCGACACAUGACCACCCAUACCCAGGAGCGGCCGUACAUGUGCCCGUACUGCCAGCGCCGCUUCAAGACCCGCAUGAUCUGCAAGAAGCACACGCGCUGUCACAAGUUCGAGAUAGCCAACAGCAACGUUCUGCAAAACCAGCUGUCGGGCGGCCUGUUCACGGACCUGAUGACGCCUGAGGAGGAGCCGCUGCUGUCGGACGCCGCCUACACCACGCGCGCGCAGAACGUCAGCGUCAUCCUGGACGAGCAUGGCCAGAUGGACGGCCUGGCUCAGCUGGAGACGGCGCUGAAGCAGCAGCUGUUCCCUGCCUCGGAACUGGCGGCCGGCCUGUCGCAGGUCAAGGCCGACAUGUCGGCGGAGCACCGACUGAUGCUGGCCAACAUCGCCGCCAUCGCCGCCGACGAGUCACCAGCGCUAGGUGCGGAGGAGCGCGGGCUGCCGGGCGGCCGUGGACCGGGCGGCGGCCACCGCUGUCGAGGAGCCGAGCCGACUCCGAAGACGAGGUGCUGCGCCUGCGACCCGUCGCUCUCACAGCCGCUGAUCCACCGCUGCCGCGUCUGCAAGCAGCUGUUCACCACGCAGCUGGCACUGGCGGUGGAGCGACGCAUGAGGCGAGCCACGCCGGUGGAGUUCCAGCCGGCGUCCGCCGCGGCCCACCUCUGCGACCGCUGUCUGAUCGUGUUCAGCACGGCCGAGCAGCUGGCCGAGCACAGUCCGCUGACGGCCGGCCGCUCACACUCGGAGACCUGCCUCAUCCAGUCGGCCGUCGAGAAGAUGCAGAACGGGCCGACCCAGCGCUCGGAGCCGGAGAGCACGGAGGGCCUGAAGCACAGCUGCGAGACCUGCAGCAAGACGUUCCGCAAGCCCCUCCGACCUGGUGCGCCACAUGCGCAUCCACAACCGGCGAGAAGCCCUACCUGUGGCGAGCUGUGCUUCAAACGCUUCACCGUCAAGUCGACCCUGCUCGGACACCUGAAGACGCACACGGGCGAGCGCAACUUCGAGUGUCUGGUGUGCAAGGCGCGCUUCGCCACCAAGUGCUCGCUGAAGGUGCACUCGCGCCUGCACACGGACACGCGGCCGUACCAGUGCGAGGUGUGCCGCCGCUGGUUCCGCACCUCCGUCACCGGCGCAUCCACAUGGCUGUCCACGAGCGGCCCGGCGGUGGUGGCGGACGCGCUGGUCGAGGGCGAGUUCACCUGCUCCGAGUGUCCGCGCUCGUUCCGACUGCACCCACUGCGACCGCCGCUUCACACGCAGAACGCGCUGGUGGCGCACCGGCGCACGCACGAGGGCGACCGGCCGUUCGACUGUCCGUUCUGCGAGCACCGGUUCGCGCAACGCGGCAACAUGCGCACGCACAUCCGGCGCGCGCACCUGAAGAGGCGGGACGGCGCGUGGUUCGGAGACCGCUUCUAUACCACUCCUGCUUGCUGCCACUACGAGACGACGGUGCAGGCGCUGCACGAGAGCGGCCUGGGGCAGGCCCACUACACGCCACCGCGCCAGUUCCGCCAGUUUGAGGGGUUGCGCUCCGAGGAGCUGCAGUUCCCGUUCACAAUGCACGACAACCGCUACCAGCAUGAGGACGACGGUGAGAACCUGCGUGUUGCUGAAUUCUGGUCACAGAGCAUGGAGACAAAAACACGUUAG